CGGGCRGCAGAGCGCAGCAGCAUGUGGACGUUCGGGCGCCGCGCGGCCGCCGGCCUCCUGCCCCGGUCGGCGUCCUCCGGCCCGGCCCAGGCCCACACCGGGUCCCCGCGCCCGGAGGAGCUUGCCCGGUUUUGCAGCCGCCGUGGACUGUGCGUGGGGACCGCCGCGGCCUGUGCGCCCGGCCGAGCCAGUUUGAACCUCCACUACCUCAACCRGAUUCUGAAUGUCAAAAAGCAGAGUGUCUAUUUGAUGCCUUUGAGGAACUCAGGAACUUCCAGCAACCCGGGCUCUCUAGACGAAACCGCCUAUGAAAGACUAGCAGAGGAAACACUGGACGCCUUGGCWGAGUUUUUUGAAGACCUUGCAGACAAGCCCUGUACACUGGAGGACUAUGACGUCUCCUUUGGGAGUGGUGUCCUAACAGUUAAACUGGGUGGAGAUCUAGGAACCUAUGUGAUCAACAAGCAGACCCCAAACAAGCAAAUCUGGUUAUCAUCUCCCUCCAGUGGACCCAAGCGCUACGACUGGACUGGGAAAAGCUGGGUGUACUCCCACGAUGGUGUGUCCCUCCACGAGCUGCUGGCCACAGAGCUGACUGAAGCCUUAAAAACUGAACUGGACUUGUCUUCCUUGGUCUAUUCUGGAAAAGGCACUUGAAUGGCUGCCCUCUCAUAAAGACAUUAACAGCUGUCAGGCCAAGACCCCAGCUUCCUUCUGCAACUGAGUGCGGGUUGUCUUUGUUUUUUGUUUUGUUUUCCAUUCCUACUUUUGAAGACAACUCUGAAAAGAAAGUGUCACCUCCCACCCUGCCUGCAGGAUCUGAUUUAAUUUCUAUAGUUUAUUUGGAUUGAUUGUCUGAUUUCCUGCUUCACAUGAUACCCCUUAUCUCUUUUAAUGUCUCAUACCCAUACCUUAAUAUAAUAAUGACUUUACAAAAAGAAAAAUAAUAAGAAGGAAAAAUUCCCUGGGGAAAUGACUGGUCCUCAAUUUUCAUUCUUUGAAGGAUUUACAGCAAAAACUACAUGAGGAGCAGCUGGCUCACCACGCCAUUUCAUCCAAAAUCAAGGCUCAUUAAAAAGUAGUUUAUAAAUGUCCCCAGGCUUAGGUGUACACACUUCUGAGCCCUUUAGCAGGCAAAAGAAAGUGUCCAGAAACAAACUGGGGGGCAGGGAGGGGGAAUCUGACCCAAAGCUAUGUUCAUGUUCUAUUAUUUUUUUUACCUCAGAAAGGUUUAGGGCUGGGGGUGUAGCUCCCUGACAGAACACUUGCACAUCAUGCACAAGGCCCUGGGUUCAAUCACUAUUUUUUUUUUUUUUUUUUUUUAGUGUAUUAGUGAGAAGUCUAUGUAAAUGUGUAGUGAAGGCUUUUGCAAUGAGUGAACCAAAUACACCUUCUAUUAUAGGAAAAAAACGGAACAAUAGAACAAUAUAAACAAAUGCUAAGUGGGUAUUUAUUUCCUUUCUUCAGAAAGAAAGAUUUUUUUAGUCUGGAAAUUUUUGAGAGCAGUAGGUCAAUGCUAGUGAGACAAUAAAUAAAACCCUGCAUGCAUGUGAAUGUUUAUAUUUAUCAUCUUUUAUUUAUUUAUUUAUUUUGUACAGAGAUUGA